UAUGAAAGGAAACUGAACCGCGGGCCUUCCCAGAUGGAAAAAUUUCACCGUAUAAGAGCUUCUCUUCCUCCUGAUGUUACGGUUUAACGCACCCUAUUAAUAAAGUUAUUAACAAUCUUCCGUUACCGACAGUGCAGACAAACAGAGAAGGGACGAGAGAAAAAGAAGGAAGGUGAAAAAAAAUUAAAAAAGAAGCGAGGAUCGUCAUCGGAUCUGUUCUUCCACCUCAAUUAUCAAGGAAAGGGACAUUUGAUUUAUGACAUGAAGGAUAUUGGAGACUAUAGUGAGCCGUGCACGGAAGUCCUCAUUGCAGUUUAUUUUAUGUGAGAUUUCAAGGAUAUCAAGUAAGAGCAGGAGGAACAUAUUGUGUAAUGGCCUCUGAGAGGGAAGAUUUUAGCCUCUCAGGACCUUUACACCUAACUGUGGUUGAUUGGACAGAUGCACAUCAUCGCAGGUCUGUUGCUGCCAGUUUGGUUCAGGGUGUCUACAUUCUGGAGCGUGACCGCCAGCUAAAACGUCAGGGUCCAGAAGCACUUGCUAAUCCUUGGUGGGAGUUCUUUCAUUUCCGGUUGCUACGUAAGCUUGUGGAUGAUGUUGAUUCCUCCAUUUUUGGUGCCAUUUAUGAAUUUAAACCUCCAAUCUCUUGCUCUAACCAUUCAUUAGAUAAAAGUCCACGUUAUGUAAUUGCAUUCCGAGGCACUGUAACCAAGCCAGAUUCCUUCUCACGGGACCUUGAAUUGGACAUUCAUAUAAUCCGAAAUGGACUCCAUGAAACAUCUCGCUUUGAAAUUGGUAUCCAAGCAAUUAGAAAUGUGGUUGCUACUGUAGGUGAAUCUAAUGUCUGGUUAGCAGGCCAUUCCCUGGGGGCAGCAAUGGCAAUGCUAGCUGGAAAGACAAUGGCCAAGACAGGCGUCUUAAUUCAAGCCUUUCUCUUUAAUUCACCAUUCUUAUCCGCCCCCAUUGAGAGAAUCAAAGAUAAGCGGGUGAAACAUGGGUUACGGAUCGCAGGCAGUGUGAUAACAGCAGGUCUCGCCUUUGCUGCAACUGUAAAGAAGAACAAUCAAAACAGUCGAUCUGUUGAUCCAUUUUCCGCUUUAUCUGCCUGGAUACCCUCCAUUUUUGUGAAUCCAGGCGAUCACAUUUGCUCAGAAUAUAUAGGUUAUUUUGAACACAGGAAGAAGAUGGAUGACAUUGGAAUUGGAGCUAUUGAGAGACUGGCAACCCAGAAUUCGAUCGGUGGGCUUAUUAUGGGUGCAAUAGGUAAGGAAUCAGAGCCUCUGCACCUCAUUCCUUCAGCAAUUCUGACUACCAAUCUAACUCCAUCCAGAGAUUUCAAGGAAGCCCACGGAAUUCACCAGUGGUGGAGACCUGAUUUGGAUGUGCAGUCCAAACUAUACAGGUAUCAAUAGCUUUGGUGCAAUUGAUGUAACUUAUACCAAGUUAUUUAUCUAGUAUAUGUUUGAUUGGAUGUGGAAAAUAGUUUCCUUAUGUGAUUUUGUACUCUGAUUUCUUCUCAGCAUAAUGUCUAAUGCAUAUUUGUUCCAAGUGCCAAUAGUUCUUCAGUGAUCUUGCA